AUGGUACCUAAAGCAUCUGAUUUCAAGGCAGCUCUCUAUACUCGCAUCACAGCGUUAACUAAAGCACGCUUCGAUAAAAUAAAAACUAAAGUUGAAGAACUCGCUACACAAAAGGAACUUCUGACGCCUGCUCAAUUAAAGAGCUUAACAACUCUUUCUAACGAAAUAAAGAAAAAUAAAGCGGAUUUUGACACUAACUUGCAACGUGCCUUAAAUCUAACGGACGAAGAAGCCAUUGAUGACGAUGUCUUAGCGGAAGAUCAGGACAAUAUAAAUGAUCUUUACGCCCAUAUUUUGGGUAUAAUCGAAACGCUACUUCCAGUCGAAGAACCCAAAACCCCCUCGGCUUUGAGUGACGUCAGCAUGACGCCACAGGGCCCUAGUGUUUCUCAGGUCCGUCUACCAAAAUUAGAUUUGCAGAAGUUCUCAGCUGUCCUGGGUAACGCUGCUAAACAACCCGUCCGUAGUGGCACAACGAAUGACGCUUCUGAUGCACGUCACCGCUCUAAUGAAAAACAGAGUGAUUCGCAGGUGACUCACGUCUCUCAAGACUUAUCUCCCUCUAUGCCAACAUGUUAUACUGUGCUGUUGGGUACCCUCUUGGUGCAACUCAAAACUCCUGAGGGCAAGUCCCAGGUAUUUAGGGCUUUGCUUGACUCAGGUAGUAUGACGGAUUUAAUUUCCGAGCGCGCAGCUCAGCUCUUAGGAGUGCGCCAUACUAAGUCUCAAACUCAAAUCUCUGGCCUCAGCCAAAGCAUGACAAAACCCAAAGGCCAAACUCACCUUACAGUAAGUACUCUAUCUGGUCUCGUAAUUGCUCCUCACCAGCCAAUGCUAAUCCUGGAUAAAUUGACUGUGGAUUUACCCAGAGUACCUCUUGCUCCAGAAGUCUACAAUAAGACCCAACGCUACAUUCUCGCUGAUCCCACAUUCCACUUACCUGGACGAAUUGACGUUAUCCUAGGUGGAAGUUUAUUUCCAAAAGUACUUACUAAUGAACAGUUCUCUCUGGGACAGCAUAUGCCACAUGUAAUUGGCACGCAUUUUGGGUUUGUUGUAGUGGGUACUGCUCCCAGCGCACCCUCCGUAUCCACUCUCCACUCUAUGAGCCUCAAUGUCUCUCUACACUCAGCAAAUGAAGCAGAUCUGCAUUCAUCAAUUCAACGGUUCUGGCUUCAAGAGGAAGUUCCUGUUCCCUCAAAGAAGACUGAAGAAGAAGAACAAUGUGAUGCUCAUUUUGCCUCUUCCCACUCUCGAGAUGAAACCGGACGCUACACCGUUCGACUUCCUUUCAAGGAGAAUCACGCUACCCUAGGAUCAUCUAAGCCUAUCGCGGAGCGUCGAUUUCUAUAUCUAGAGCGAAAAUUCAACGCUCAACCUCACUUCUCUCAACUCUAUCACGACUUCAUCAGCGAAUACCGCUCACUCGACCACAUGGCUAAAGUUCAAAAUCUUGAUUCGACUAAGCCUCAUUAUUUCCUUCCCCACCAUGGGGUGCUAAAGGAAAAUAGUUCCACCACAAAACUCCGUACUGUGUUUGAUGCGAGUUGCAAAACCAGUACUAGUGUUUCUCUCAAUGAUGUUUUAUUGAUUGGACGCAAACUCCAAACAAAUAUUUGUGACAUACUAUUUCACUUCAGGAGUCACAAUAUUGUUGUUUGCUGUGACAUCCGUCAAAUGUAUCGGCAAAUCCAAGUACAUCCAGAUGACCGAAAGUUUCAACUUAUCUUGUGGCGUGAUCAUCCUGAAGAGACACUCUCAACAUAUCAACUGAACACUGUAACUUACGGCAUGAGUACUUCUCCCUACCUGGCCAUCAAAACUCUGCAUCAACUUGCGGACGACGACGGUGGUAACUUCCCCUCCGCUGCGCACGUGCUGAGGACCCAGACCUAUGUAGACGACAUCAUCUCUGGUGCGGACACUGAGGAAGCGGCCUUAGAAAUACAGGAACAGCUCAUACGCCUACUGCGCCAGGGAGGUUUUGAACUCCGGAAGUGGGUCUCCAACUCUACUUCUUUACUCCAAGCUCUGCCGGAAGAACAUCGAGAGUCUCCUGUGUUUAUGCAAGAAUCUCAAUCUCCACAAUUCUCUAUUCUUGGUUUACAUUGGUCACCCACCACAGAUUGUUUCACAUACUCUCUCAACAUACCGCCUGACAAGCGCCCUACCAAACGCUCUGUCUUGAGCUUAAUAGCCAAGAUAUAUGACCCUUGUGGGUUUCUCUCCCCUUGCAUAAUGCAAACCAAAUGCUUCAUGCAACUCCUCUGGACUACAGGUAUGUCUUGGGAUGAACCCUUGCCCCCUGAACUAGCUGACAAAUGGCACUCCUUUGUCACUGAUGUGCAACAUAUAGUACACGUGUCGAUUCCCCGAGCGUUUCCACUCUCACUCUCUUGCACCGUGGAACUACACGGAUUCUCUGAUGCUUCAGAAAGUGGAUAUAGUGCAGUGUUGUAUUUCCGCUGCCAUCUUUCAACAGGUGAAGUCAUCAUUCGUCCCAUAAUGGCAAAAACUCGCGUUGCUCCUCUGAAACGAGUAACACUUCCUCGACUCGAGCUUUGUGGAGCGCAUCUGCUCGCUAAGUUAACAACUCAUUCUCAAGAACCACUCUCUCUGGUGGACUGGACCACCAUGGCUCAGCCUCCCUCAACAGGAAUGGCCCUCAAUGCAAUUCGUUCCUAUGGACCUCUCAUCGUCCGAUGA